ACUGCAGACUGGCUGUGGGAAAAAAUGCCGAUCUGGCAACUGGAACCAUCUCCGGAAUGAAGGAGGGUUCUGAGGGACCGGCGCCGCCCUGAACCAAACACAUGAACUUUGUCACAUUUCUGUUUUGCACAGACAGUCUGAGCUGUUCCCAGCUGUUCUGACGGCUUGUUGUGCGGGUCCCUGCAGAAAUGUCCAUGUGGUUCACCGCUGUGGUCGGUCUGGCCAUCCUGGUCUAUGUAUACAUCAGAACUUUUUUCCCGUACUUCUACGUUGACCUCGCCAAUAUCCUGAGGACCCUCAAGCUGAGUUUCAAACUGGCUAAGUACAGGAGAUGCAAACCCUUUUACAGCAUCGUGGACUGCUUCUUGGACGCAGUGAGGAGACAUCCCACCAAGAUCUUCAUCCACUUCGAGGGGCGCUCAUAUUCCUACGGAGAGAUGGACAAGCAGAGCAAUAAGGCGGCCAGAGCUCUGCAGGCUGAAGCCCGACUGAAGGAGGGGGACACGGUGGCCUUGUUUCUGCCAAACGAGCCCGCCUACGUGUGGAUCUGGCUCGGUUUGACCAAGCUUGGUUGCCCGGCUGCUCUGCUGAACUUCAACAUCAGAUCCAAGUCCCUGCUGCACUGCUUCUCCUGCUGCGGGGCCAAAGUUCUUGUCGUAUCUCCAGAGCUGCUGGAUGCUGUGGAGGAGGUGCUGCCGACGCUCAGAGAGCAGGGAAUCCGCGUCUUCCUCCUGUCUGACAGCUGCAGCGUUGAAGGCAUCACCCCUUUGUCUGACAAGAUCGCUGAAGCCUCAGACAAGCCGAUGCCCCCGGAGCUGAGGGCCAACAUUCGGUACCGGAGUACCGCUCUUUACAUCUACACAUCCGGCACCACGGGCUUGCCUAAAGCAGCUGUUGUCACCCAUGAGAGGGUGUGGGUCGCCUCCUUCGUCCAGGCAGUGUGUGGAAUCACAUCAGAGGACAUCUUCUACAUCAACUUGCCUCUGUAUCACAGCGCAGGCUGCCUCAUUGGGAUGGUCGGAGGCAUCGAGAGAGGUCUUACUCUUGUCCUGAGGAGGAAGUUCUCGGCCUCUCAGUUCUGGGACGACUGCAGGAAGUAUAACGUAACAGUGAUGCAGUACAUCGGUGAGACGCUGCGCUAUCUCUGCAACUCGCCAAAGAAAGAAAACGAGAAGAACCACAAAGUUCGAAUCGCCAUUGGGAAUGGAGUCCGAAGCGAUGUUUGGACCGAGUUCCUGAAUCGAUUUGGGGACAUUAAGGUCAGAGAGCUGUAUGCUGCCACAGAGGGGAACAUCGGCUUCAUCAAUUACACGUCCAAGAUCGGUGCAGUGGGACGGGUUAAUUUAUUGAACAGGUUUUUCUUACCUUACACGCUGAUCAAGUUUGACAUUGAGAAGGAGGAGCCGGUCAGAAACUCAGAGGGUCUGUGCAUUGAAGCAAAAACGGGUGAAACUGGGCUCUUAGUUGGAAAGAUAACUCGGCGGUCUCCUUUUGUCGGUUAUGCCGGCAACAAGCAGCAGACCGAGAAGAAAAGGCUGUACAAUGUCAUGGAAAAAGGCGACCUGUACUUCAACACAGGCGACCUGCUUAUGUUCGACCAUGAGAACUUUGUGUAUUUUCAGGACCGAGUUGGAGACACGUUCAGAUGGAAAGGGGAAAACGUCGCCACUUCGGAGGUUGCAGACAUCCUCACUGUGGCAAAUUGCGUCUUAGAAGCAAAUGUUUACGGUGUUAAGAUAGAAGGUCAUGAGGGGCGGAUCGGCAUGGCAGCCAUCACUUUGAGAGAAGGAGAAACCUUUGACUCUGCAGACGUCUACAAGGAGGUUGUCUCCUACCUGCCGGCCUACGCGAGACCCAGAUUCCUCAGGAUUCAGCCGUCCCUGGAGGUGACUGGAACGUUUAAGAUGAAGAAGGUGAAGCUGGUGGAGGAGGGAUUCAGCCCUGCUCUCAUUAAGGACCCGUUAUACUUCCUGGAUCCAGACCAAAAGACCUACGUCCCUCUGACAGAAGAGAUCUACAGCGCCAUCGCUUCGGGGAAAAUCAAACUCUAACAGAAAUUUGACUCUGAAGUGACUUUUUGUUUUUUUUAAUUGAAGGCAUAACUUCUCAUUCAUGGACCUUAACAAUCAGCUAAUCUCAGGGACAAACUUUGACGCAGUACUUCUUGUUAAAAUAGCUUUUUUACUAACACUUACUGUACACCUCUACAGAUGUUUUAAUUUAUCAUCCUGACGAUGUCUGAAUCAGUUUUUAAAUACAUCCCUACAAUAAAAAAUAUUCCCAUCUGC